AUGGUUGGUGAGCCUUUACUGGGCAUGGAUCAACGUCCUCAGAUGUGCAAUGAGAAUGCCCGCUGUCCCGGACAGUACUUCUGCCAUAUCGGCUAUGAUGAGUACACCACCUUGUGCUGUCCUUCAGUCGGUGACCCGUGCAACUUACCGUUGGCCGUUGGUAGAGGAAGCCAUAGAAUCGUCAGAUGGUAUUAUAAUGCGUUAACACGACAGUGCGAACAGUUCUAUUACACAGGUCUCGGCGGUAACGAUAACAAUUUCUUGAUACGUGAGCAUUGCGAGAGCACUUGUCCUGUUUGGGUGAAUCCUUGCGUUGGUGGCAACCCAUUGGUACUUUCAAACGGUCAAGCGAAGUUGUGUACACCAUCCGAUGAGAGCACUUGUCCUGCGACGUAUUGGUGCCAUCCAGGACUGGAACCAUCAACAACGGUGUGCUGUCCAGGACAUUCAGAUCCAUGCACACUACCGAGAGCAGAAGGUGAAGGCAAUUACGCGCAAAUGCGAUGGUAUUUCAAUCAGAUUACUAGGCAGUGUGUUCAGUUUGCCUACAGAGGAUUGAAAGGAAACGCGAAUAAUUUUAUGUCACUCGACGACUGUGAGAAUGCUUGUCCUAUCUUUAUUGAUCCCUGCCCCCAGUCAUAUGCGACACUCACAAAUUCCAUCAGACAAAUCUAUCGGUGCUCUGUCAAUAAUCCACAGUGUCCAGCAUCACAGUGGUGUCACUUCGGAGGAGAUGCUGACACAACCGUCUGUUGUCCUAACGCUGGUAAUCCUUGUGCUCAAACCCCUAAAGCCGUUGGUAUUGGUAUUCUACGACUCGAGAGAUGGUCUUUCGACGCCAUUCAAAUGCAGUGCAUUCCGUUUGAUUAUCACGGUUUGAAAGGCAAUCAAAACAAUUUCCUCAGCAAGGAUGCUUGCGAACAGCAAUGCCCAGUAUUCGAGAAUCCGUGUCGAGUUGGAACUGCUUAUUUUGUUAACCAUCAACCAUAUGUAUGUGGGCCGAAAUCGCCUUGUCCUGAUAACUACUUCUGUCAUUUAGGUGCAGAGCAACAGUAUCACUGUUGUCCUUCUGAAGGUGGUGAUCCGUGUGGUCAGAGACCCUCACAAGGACAGGGACGUUAUAGCUUGCAGAGAUGGUAUUGGAAUGCUGCUACAAAGCAGUGCGUUCCAUUCGCAUAUCGAGGUCUGAAGGGCACACAAAAUAACUUCCUGACACAACAGGAUUGUGAAAAGACUUGUAAUGUGGUGCAGAACCCGUGUGCUCUUGGCAAUCCGCAAAUGACUCCUGAUGGCCAGCCAGUUGGGUGCAUGUACGGUCAAAGCGUGUGUGGGGCAUCUUAUUGGUGUCAUAUUGGUGCGACAGCUCAAACGACAGUUUGCUGCCCUGGGAGAGUGCAAGGCCAAGCAAUAUGCAAUCAACCGAUGACCAACGGUGCUGGUAAUGGGAAUCUUCAACGCUGGUACUUCGACCCUAACUCAAGGAAGUGUGUUCCGUUCAUAUACGGUGGCUACUUUGGUAAUCAAAACAACUUCCAGACCAUACAACAAUGCCAAAUGACAUGUCCAUCAUAUGUGAACGCUUGUCCAUCUGGAUCACCUCUAUUAGAGGCCAAUAAUUAUCCCCGACAAUGCCAAUUCGGUGUCGGUGCUUGCGGUGCGGAAUACUGGUGUCAUCUCGGCUUGGUACCGGCUGAGUAUCAGUGCUGUCCGGGUGAGCCAACAUAUCCUGCUGCAUGUCAAGGGCUACCGCCUGCGAUGGGUGUAAGAGAUCCACGAGCACCACCAGCCACUCGUUGGUACUAUAAUCAACAAACGAUGUCAUGCAAUCAGUUCCAGUAUAACGGUCUUAAGGGCAACCAGAACAACUUCUUGACCAAAUCUGAUUGUCUACGGACGUGUCGCGCCUAUGUGAACGUUUGUCCAUCUGGCACUCCACUGCUUGCGGGCAAUAAUCGCCCUCUACCAUGCCAAUUCGGCGCCGACGCUUGCGGUGACGGCUAUUGGUGCCACUUGGGCUUGGUACCAGCCGAGUAUCAGUGCUGUCCAGGUGAGCCAACGAAUCCAGCCGCAUGUCAGGGAAUGCCAUAUGCUGUGGGUGUCUCAGAUGGUCGAGCACCUCCAGCCACGCGUUGGUAUUACAAUCGACAAACAAUGACCUGCAAUACGUUCCAAUAUAACGGUCUCAAAGGCAACCAGAACAAUUUCUUGACAAAAGCCGAUUGUGAGCAAACCUGUCACGGUAAGCACUGCAUGUUAAUACUCCACUCCGCAUUCGAGUCACACCUUUGCGCAUUACUUUAA